AACAUGUGCAACAGAACUGACAACCAAACUAUAAGACCAAACCAAACCUCCUCUAACCCCCCCUCUCUCUUACUCUCUCCUUCCUCACUGCUUCUUGAACCAAAUCUCUCACAUACUUAUCAAUCAUUCAAUAAUGUUCAAUUCAUACUAGCAUUUCAUUUUCUUUUCCUGUAAGCUGUCUUUGUUGAAAGAGAAAAAAAAGAAGAGAAAUGCCUCUCAAACAACUACUCUGUCUAUUGACACUUCAACUAUAGAUUCCUCCUACAUUUUAUUAACAAAAAAUUGCCCCCUUUCUUACAUAUCCUUUAAAGUUUUGAUCUUUUGGGUUACUCUAUAUAGAUUUGUUUUACUCACAGAUUUAGAGAGGCAGUAGAAUAUGAGAUUAGGUUUUAUUUGGCUUCUUUAUUUUGCUUUCCUUUUAGGAAUUGAAGCCCUCAAAUUUCAUAGGACUGAACAUACUGAGAGAAUCUCAGGUAGUGCUGGUGAUGUCUUGGAAGAUGAUCCAGUUGGGAGGUUAAAAGUUUUUGUAUAUGAGCUUCCCAGCAAAUACAACAAGAAAAUUCUUCAGAAAGACCCACGAUGUCUUAGCCACAUGUUUGCUGCGGAGAUCUAUAUGCAUCGUUUCCUCUUAUCUAGCCCUGUCCGGACCCUUAAUCCUGAGGAAGCUGAUUGGUUCUACACCCCUGUUUAUACCACUUGUGACCUGACACCAAAUGGCCUUCCUUUACCCUUCAAGUCGCCACGAAUGAUGAGGAGUGCAAUACAACUUAUUGCUUCUAAUUGGCCUUAUUGGAAUAGGACUGAGGGUGCUGAUCACUUCUUCAUUGUCCCACACGAUUUUGCUGCUUGUUUUCAUUAUCAAGAGGAAAAAGCUAUCGGGAGGGGAAUUCUUCCAUUGCUCCAGCGUGCAACUCUAGUUCAAACUUUUGGACAAAGAAAUCAUGUGUGUUUGAAGGAUGGUUCAAUUACAAUUCCUCCCUAUGCUCCUCCGCAGAAAAUGCAAUCCCACUUUAUCCCUCCAGAUAUUCCACGAUCCAUCUUUGUUUACUUUCGUGGCUUGUUCUAUGACGUAGGAAAUGAUCCAGAAGGUGGUUACUAUGCAAGAGGUGCACGGGCAGCAGUGUGGGAGAACUUUAAGGACAAUCCUCUCUUUGAUAUUUCUACGGAACAUCCAACUACCUACUAUGAAGACAUGCAGCGAGCCAUCUUUUGCUUGUGUCCUCUUGGGUGGGCCCCGUGGAGUCCAAGAUUGGUUGAAGCAGUUAUAUUCGGUUGCAUCCCUGUUAUUAUUGCGGAUGAUAUUGUCUUGCCAUUUGCUGAUGCAAUCCCCUGGGAAGAGAUUGGUGUUUUUGUAGACGAGAAGGACGUUCCAAAUUUGGAUACUAUACUCACUUCUAUUCCACCCGAGGAAAUAUUGAGGAAGCAGAGAUUGCUUGCCAACCCUUCAAUGAAGCAGGCUAUGUUAUUUCCACAACCUGCACAACCAGGUGAUGCUUUCCAUCAAAUUUUGAAUGGACUUGCUCGUAAACUGCCACACGAUAGGAGCGUUUACUUGAGUCCCGGGGAGAAGAUCUUAAACUGGACUGCUGGUCCAGUUGGUGACCUAAAACCUUGGUAAGAAGCUGGUACUGGAGAUACUGCAUUCUCUAUUGGCUUUCAACCUUAAAAAGUCGCGUCAAAGGUGUGAAAUUAAUGUGAAGUGUAUAUCUUAAGUAGUGUAGUUUUUCGAUGAAGUGAAGAAUCUUUUAUUGAUAACUACAUCCAGAGGAUGCAACAUGUUACAAAAUCUUAAGCUGUAGGCUUUGUUGUAGUUCUGGACGACUGUGGAUGAUUGCACAUUCAUUUUUGUUGCUGUAGGGUUUGUGCAUAUGUUGCUCGGACUCUCUGAAAAUGUCACCGGGUACGUGUCGUAUUCUCUAAAAGUAGUGUAUUUUUCGAGGAUCUGACACAGGUGCAGUAGCAUUUUGGAGAGUGCUCAACAUAGGUACAAACAGCUAUGUUGGUAACCCAGUGUACUCAUGUGCCACUAACAUUGUGUUAGAAAAUUAAUGAACCAGAUUAAUUUGAUAA